CACGUGGCGGGAAAGGGGCGGUGCGCUCUAGUUCUCGGCCCCUGUCAGGGGCGGGAGCUCGCGCCUCCCGCCGCGGCACCCUUCCGACAUGCCGGAGGAGGCGGGCUUCCCGCCGGCCAAAAGAUUUCGGCCGGGUUCUGGGCCGCGGAGCCGCGCCGGGUCCUGCCCUCCCGGGAGGCGAGUGGUGAUGCUGCUGACUGCGGGCGGCGGAGGCCGGAGGCAGCCUCCGCCCCUGGCUCAGCCCUCGGCCAGUCCCUAUCGUGAGGCCGUGGAGCUGCAGCGCCGGAGUCUGCCCAUCUUCCAGGCGCGGGGGCAGCUGUUGGCCCAGCUCCGAAACCUGGACAGCGCCGUCCUCAUCGGGGAAACUGGCUCCGGAAAGACAACUCAGAUCCCUCAGUACCUCUAUGAAGGGGGAAUUAGCCGCCAGGGCGUCAUUGCCGUGACCCAGCCUCGGCGAGUGGCUGCCAUCUCUCUCGCUACCAGAGUCUCAGAUGAGAAGAGAACUGAACUCGGGAAGCUGGUUGGCUAUACAGUGCGCUUUGAGGAUGUCACCUCAGAAGACACCAGGAUCAAGUUUCUAACAGAUGGCAUGCUUCUGCGUGAAGCAAUUUCAGACUCCCUGCUUCGGAGGUACAGCUGUGUCAUUUUGGAUGAAGCCCAUGAACGGACAAUCCAUACAGAUGUGCUCUUUGGAGUGGUGAAAGCUGCACAGAAGAGGCGAAAGGAACUGGGGAAACUGUCUCUCAAAGUGAUUGUGAUGUCAGCUACAAUGGAUGUGGACCUGUUCUCUCAGUAUUUCAACGGAGCCCCCGUUCUCUACCUGGAGGGUCGGCAGCAUCCAAUUCAGAUUUUUUACACCAAACAGCCUCAGCAUGAUUACCUGCACGCAGCACUUAUCUCGGUCUUCCAGAUCCACCAGGAAGCCCCUUCUUCUCAGGAUAUCCUGGUGUUCCUCACUGGUCAGGAGGAGAUCGAAGCGAUGAGCAAGACCUGCCGAGACAUUGCAAAGCACCUCCCAGACGGCUGCCCCUCGAUGCUGGUCCUUCCUCUGUACGCCUCCCUGCCCUAUGCACAGCAGCUCCGCGUCUUCCAAGGGGCCCCCAAGGGCUAUCGCAAAGUGAUCAUUUCAACCAACAUCGCUGAAACCUCCAUAACCAUUACAGGAAUAAAAUAUGUAGUUGACACGGGCAUGGUUAAAGCAAAGAAGUAUAACCCUGACAGUGGUCUUGAGGUGUUAGCUGUGCAGCGGGUGUCAAAGACCCAGGCCUGGCAGCGCACAGGGAGGGCUGGCAGAGAGGACAGUGGCAUCUGCUACCGGCUCUACACUGAGGAGGAGUUUGAGAAGUUUGAGAAGAUGACUGUGCCAGAGAUUCAGAGGUGCAACCUGGCGAGUGUGAUGCUGCAGCUCCUGGCAAUGAAAGUCCCAAAUGUGCUCACCUUUGACUUCAUGUCCAAACCAUCUCCUGAUCACAUUCAGGCGGCCAUUGCCCAACUGGACCUGUUAGGUGCUCUUGAACAUAAGGAUGACCAGCUUACCCUGACUCCAAUUGGAAGAAAGAUGGCAGCAUUUCCUUUAGAACCCAAAUUUGCCAAAACCAUCCUCCUUUCCCCAAAAUUCCACUGUACAGAGGAAAUCCUGACCAUUGUUUCCCUGCUGUCUGUGGACAGCGUGCUCUACAACCCUCCAUCCCGGCGAGAUGAAGUGCAGGGUGUCCGGAAGAAGUUCAUAUCCAGCGAGGGGGAUCACAUUACUCUCCUCAAUAUCUAUCGGACCUUCAAAAACUUAGGCGGAAAUAAGGAUUGGUGCAAAGAAAAUUUUGUCAACAGUAAGAAUAUGAUGCUAGUAGCUGAAGUCAGAGCACAGUUGAGGGACAUCUGCUUAAAGAUGUCAAUGCCAAUCAUGUCAUCCCGAGGAGACAUGGAGAGUGUCCGCCGCUGCCUGGCGCACAGCCUCUUCAUGAGCACUGCUGAGCUUCAGCCAGACGGGACCUAUGCCACCACGGACACCCACCAGCCAGUGGCCAUCCACCCUUCAUCUGUCCUCUUCCACUGCAAGCCAGCCUGUGUGGUGUACACUGAGCUGCUCUACACCAACAAGUGCUACAUGCGAGACCUCUGCGUUGUAGACGCCGAGUGGCUCUAUGAGGCUGCCCCCGAGUACUUCAGGAGGAAGCUGAGAACCACCAGAGACUAAGCUGCUCCAUGGUGCUGCCAGAAUUGCUAGUGCCUGGGAGCGUGGACCACAAAGGUUGGCGCCCAGAGAAGCGGCAAGUUUAAUGCAGCUGGACAUGCCUGAUUUCCAGGAGCUUGAAAGCAUCUUUGCUUACACAUAGACAUGUACAUAUCACUUAUGCCUUGGAAACUUCAAAAUUCUGCUUUUGGUUCUUGCUGGGUGACUUUGGGUGACUCAGUAAACGUCUGAGCCCCGGUUUCCUCAUCUACCAAAUGGGGAUAAUAGUAAUUAUAUUUACUUAUAGGACUGGGGUCAUGAAAUUUACAGAAAGCAAAUGGAAAGUACCCAGAGCUAUGUCUGGCACAUUGUAGACAUACAGUGAAUUUUGAGCCAUUAUGCUUAAUGUUAUUGCUUUCUGCCUGAUGUGAAUUAAGUACGACAGAAUCCCCUGAGUUCUUGUGACUAAUGGCAAUUCCUGGAAGGGGGUCAUAGGAGGUCGCAGAGCUUGGAUGUUGUCCUUGGUUCUAACAGAAAACAUAAGAUAUCGACUUCUGUCGAAGUUUCAGGAGGGAGGUGCUCUUGUCCCUUACUUCCUGGGGUGGUUGUACCCACUGAACCCUAAUGUCUCAGGGUGUGGACCGUGCUAUGUCUGUCUCCAAGCAGAGACCAGUAAAGGAGUCUCUUGCUCCUCGGUGCCUCUGUGGUGCAUGUCCCCAUCAGUGCUUUCAGGAGACAUGUAAGUUUCCUGGGCGAAUGUUGAUUUGUACAUUCUGAAUCAUGUCAAGUGUAGACACAGGAAACUGACCUUUUAGUGUAAUGGCCUCCCUCAUAUCCAGUUGUCAUUUUUCUCUCUACC